AUCUUGACCAGGAUGGGGGUGUCGGAGGGGUUCUGGCACCAUGAAUUCUGGCUGCCACCUGGAGCCACCUGGGAGGACUUGAAGGAGUCUGCAGACAUCCACUACCCACAGCCUCAGGACCUCCUGCUCUGCAUCCCUGGUGCUCUGCUGUUGAUCUUUGUCCGAUGCCUCUUUGAAAGAACUGUGGCUCUGCCCUUGGGCAGGGGGUUGGGUGUGAGGGACAAGCGGAGGCCCAAAGUCCAGACCAACGCCACGCUGGAAGGCUUCUACGUUCUGCUGGGCAGAACCCCAAAGGAGGAGGACCUGAUUUCACUGGCCAAGCAAAGUGACCUGCCCAUCAAAGAGGUGCAGACCUGGUUUCGGCACCGGCGGGCUCAGGACCAGCCCAGGCUGAGCAAGAAGUUCUGUGAGGCCAGCUGGAGAUUCACAUUCUAUUUUACCUCAUUCUUCUCUGGACUGGCUCUUCUGUAUAAUAAGCCCUGGUUUUGGGACCACACCACGUGCUGGUUGAAAUUUCCACAACAGCCUCUCCCACCCGCGCUGGGCUGGUUCUACCUCCUGGAGCUCUCCUUCUACUGCUCACUCGUGGCCACCCUGCCCUUCGAUGUGAAGAGGAAGGACUUUAAGGAACAGAUCAUCCACCACAUUACCACCAUCACUCUGAUCUCUGUCUCCUACUGUGCCAAUAUGAUCCGGUUUGGGAUGAUAGUCAUGCUGGUCCAUGAUGCCUCCGAUUAUAUUUUAGAGCUUGCCAAGAUGCUUCAUUACCUGAAAUGGCAGCGGGUCUGUGAAGUCGUUUUCAUGGCUUUUGCGGUGGUUUUCAUCAUCUCCCGGCUUGUCGUUUUCCCGUUAAUUGUAUACUAUUACUUUGUGACCAAACUUCCAUUGUUCCCUGUAAGCUGCCUGAUAAAUGCUUUCCUGGUGGUCCUGCAGUUGUUACACAUUUUCUGGUCCUAUCUGAUCAUCCAGAUGAUCUUCACUGUCAUCCUCCGUGGUGAGAAAAGGCAAGAUGCCAGAAGUGACACUGAAGAGAGUGACAGGAGCGAGGCAGAGGAUCCAGCAAAGAACCAAGAAUAA